GGAUCUGGGCAGGGAGCGGGGGGCAGCGGCGCCGUCCCCGUGCGCCCGUCCACCCGCUCUGCUCUGCUUGCAGGCCCCGUGGGAAUGGCCGCAGCCGCUGCGGUGGCAACGGGCAAGAAACGGAAGCGGCCCCACGUGUUCGAGUCCAACCCGUCCAUCCGCAAGAGGCAGCAGACGCGUUUGCUGCGGAAGCUCCGAGCCACGCUGGACGAAUACACCACCCGCGUGGGGCAGCAGGCCAUCGUUCUGUGCAUCUCUCCCUCCAAGCCCAAUCCUGUCUUCAAAGUAUUUGGUGCUGCACCCUUGGAGAAUGUGGUCCGCAAGUGCAAGAGCGUGAUCCUGGAAGACCUGGAGUCGGCGCUGGCGGAGCACGCGCCGGCGCCGCAGGAGGUGAACUCGGAGCUGCCGCCCCUCACCAUCGAUGGCAUUCCCGUCUCCGUGGACAAGAUGACCCAGGCGCAGCUGCGAGCGUUCAUCCCCGAGAUGCUCAAGUACUCCACGGGCCGCGGGAAGCCAGGCUGGGGCAAGGAGAGCUGCAAGCCCAUCUGGUGGCCCGAGGACAUCCCGUGGGCCAACGUCCGCAGCGACGUCCGCACGGAGGAGCAGAAACAGCGGGUGUCGUGGACCCAAGCGUUGCGGAUGAUUGUGAAGAACUGCUACAAGCAGCACGGGCGCGAGGACCUGCUCUACGCGUUCGAGGAUCAGCAGACACAACAGCAGACCACAGCCACACACAGUAUAGCACACCUGGUGCCAUCGCAGACGGUGGUACAAACCUUCAGUAAUCCCGACGGCACCGUGUCCCUCAUCCAGGUGAGCAGAACCCUGCAGGGUUUGCUCUUCCAGCACUGCUGGCUCAGCAGCGAGUUGCCAGUGACNNNNACCGUCGCACAAGUCAAUUAUUCUGCAGUGACCGAUGGAGAGGUGGAGCAGAACUGGGCAACGCUACAGGGGGGCGAGAUGACCAUCCAGACGACGCAGGCAUCGGAGGCCACGCAGGCAGUGGCAUCGCUGGCGGAGGCGGCAGUGGCAGCAUCUCAGGAGAUGCAGCAAGGAGCAACUGUUACCAUGGCACUCAACAGCGAAGCGGCCGCCCACGCCGUAGCCACGCUCGCUGAAGCCACCCUGCAAGGCGGAGGGCAGAUCGUCCUGUCUGGAGAAACUGCAGCAGCGGUGGGAGCGCUCACCGGCGUCCAAGAUGCCAACG